AUGAAUGAACACAUUAUUAGGUAUCACAAGCGAAACGGUCAAGGCAAAACUUCUAUCAAUAUCAUGAUAACUAAAAUGCCAGAUUUGGUAUCCGAAAUCCUGGAUAAAUCGAUAAUCACAACUAAAACUACUGUCCUCACUAAAAGUAGCAAAUGUUCUGAAAAUAAGCAUGAAGACAUUCAGCGAGUCAUCGUUGACUUCGGAGCAUUGGAAAACUACUGCGAAGAGGAAAAAUUGGGGAAAAAAGAUGAAAAGGAGCCUUUUGUGACUGUCAAUGUGGAGAAGGAGGAGGGGAAGGAGGAGAAAAAGACAAAGAAGGAGGAGGAGAGGGACAAGAAGGAAGAGGAGGAAACAGGAAAGCCUCUAACUUCGGGAUAUUAUAAGCACGGUUCAAACCCGCUCCAGAUCAUGGCAAAGAUGAAUCAUAAUCUUCUCACACAUCCAGUGGUAGAAGCUUUGAUCGUUACAAAGUGGGAAAAGUUUGCCAGAACUUACUUCUACAUUUUCACUUUCCUUCUUUACCUUAUCUUCUUCUCUGUGCUGAUGGGAUACCAGUUCACUCAAAUCAAACCAUUUGAACUUUUGGAAAAUGAUAAAGCUAUUAGAUCCUGGAUUGAAAAUUCUAGCCAUACUUGUGAUGAAUUUCCCGAUGGCUGCUCAAAGAAGAAAUCUGUAGAAAGUGAUAUCUUUGGAUACAUACUUUUGAUGAUGUCUGCUAUUCGCCUAUUUCUUGAGCUUCUGGAUCUCCUAGAUAAUGUUUUCAAUGGAUCAGAUCUUGAUAGUGGAAGUAACAGCCCUCUUGAAACUGGCAAAGCGUGGUUACAAGGUUUGAUGAACUAUCUUAUUGACCCUGAGAACUAUUUAGAGGUUAUCUUAUACGGCAGCUGUCUGUUCUUUUCUCUCAAUGUGCUGGAACCGCAAAGUGUCAUGUCCCCUUUUCAUUGGAAGAUUGGAGCUCUCUCCGUUCUAACCAGCUUUAUUAACCUCCUCCUUCUUCUACAAGUAUUCCCGAAUAUUGGAAUAUACAUCAUCAUGUUCUUCAAAAUAGCAUGGACAUUCGUCUCAAAGAUAUUAUCCUUGUUAGUUUUCUUCUUGAUCGCCUUUAUGGUGGUAUUCCACAUGCUGUUGAGCCACACAAAUGUUUUUAGGAAAAUACUAUCCGCAGAUGCCAUCUUCAAGACCUUAUCUGCGGGAGUAUCUGGAGUCGAAUACGACGAUUACGCCGAUCAAGAAAUGAUUUACCCAACAACAACACUGGUGGGUCUCAUUGCUUUCGCUCUGUUUGUCCAAGUUCUUUUCUUGAAUCUUGCAACUGCUUUGGCAAUAGGAGAUGUGGAUGCAAUCCGAAGUGGAGCGGAAAAGGCCAAAAACGCACUUAAAAUCAAGCACAUCUAUAAUGCACAGAGAAUAGCGAAUCUUGUACAGUGGGUCGCCAAACCCAUCUUUUGUGGAAGUGCUCUAAACUUCGUGGAACAUCAAAAACGAUUCCGAAACAUGCCAGCAAAGAGAUUUAAGGAAGAUCGACUUAAAACUAUCCAAACAUUUACAGAGAAAUACACGAAAUCAGAGAAAACAGAGAUAUGUACAAAGACAUGCACAGGGAAAUGCACAGAUAAAUCUGAAAAUGUGGUCAUUCCAUUUUCAGAUUUUUAUAAAAAACAUUAUAAAGGUGAAUAA